AAAGUAUGGUCAAGUAUGGUGCCGAGCGCGAUAUGUAGAAAAUACGCCACCGCUGGGUUAUGUUUGUGAUAUUGCUAAAUUAAACGGUUCAUGGAUGACAAAUCUUACGUUUGAGAGGCAGGAUAAAAAAAUUUCGUCUGGGUUUAAGGUUAAGCGCCUGCUGUGGCACAUACGGCGAAUUCAACGCAAUUCUCGAGAGUAAGCAUCAACCGGAACGGAUGUCGCAUGCCGUGCAGUGAGAUUGAAUUCUUAUUAUCAACUCUUAUAGACUCAGUGUCUUUAAUAGAAAUCGAACAAGAUAUAAAUCAGCAUUUGCUUAUUUGUGCUUUUGUCUAAUUUCUUUAUGUAAGAACCCAGUAUUGAGCUACAUUAGUAAUAUAUGUUGAAUGGGCAAUAAUAAGACCAGGAUAUAUACAUGUGUUAAUCAUGUCUAUAAUAUUUGAUUUUCUGAAGAAGAUCUUCGGAUGGGUAGAUGAAGGUUCUAAGAAACGGAAAGCUGAGGACUGUAACUUUGAAGAAGAAUAUAUAACAUCCAAGAAAUUUAAAUCCAAUUGUAAUAUAGCUCGUACAAUGGAACAGUAUUUUACCAUUGAUGACAGUGAUGACGACGAUAUUGUAUACAUGGGUGAGCAGAAAUGCUCGUCGAUAAAACCGUGCGCACAGAUGAACGGUACUCAUAAAAAGCAAUCGCAAUCUUUUGAAUAUUACAAAACUCCCACUUGUAAGUCUACUUGCUUUAUGCUGCAUCACAAUAAACCGACCACGGAGCACUUUUUCCAUCACAAACAUAGGAUGCCGGAUAUCUAUCACAAUUCUCCCACAUUAUCCAAAACUAAUCAAUUAAAAGAGAAAUAUCAAUAUGAAGAAAUGCUUCAAAAUCUGUUUCCAAGUAGGAUACAGGUAUUUACAGAUAAACCUGCGCGCAAAUCUAUAGAAGUUAUCGACUUAGAAAAGCAACCAGAAAUCAUGACAUCCAGCAAGAUUCAAUCAUCUGUCACUAACUUGUCUAAGAUACCAGCGUCAUACCAUAAUAGAGUUUGCAUGUCAAACUAUUCUAGGACAGAUAAAGAAAAAGUUCCUACUUUAAAUUACAGCAAGAAAGGUAUCACGACGUAUCAGCAAUCCAACAAAGUAAUUACAAUUGAUAGACCCAGUACCAGUGGAUUAGUGAAAACUACGCCAAAGUUACCUGUCGAAGUUGUUGCAACUAACUCAUUGCGUGACGAGCUAGCUGCAAAACCUAUCAUGAGACAAGACUUCAUCCCGCAAGUUACUAAGAGAUACAACGAACGGAUUGAACAACGACACAGAGAGGCUGAAGAACUGAAGAAGAUGACAUGUGUCUUGUCGAAGCACAAUAGAUAUGCUCGAGAAGCAGCUCUGGAAGAACAAUUGGCACGUUCCAUGAAAUUAUACCUGGCUGUCCUAGAUGAUAGAGAGGAGCAGGAAGAACCAGCGUUGCCGACGUUGACCAAUGAGAUGUUGAAAGAAGUGAGAAGCGCCAUUAUACCAUGUCCUCCAGGUGAGGUUCUUGCAGAAGGUUUUGGUCUAAGGCUCACGCGAAAGGAUCUUUGCACGCUAGCCGACUUAAAUUGGCUAAAUGAUGAAGUAAUAAACUUCUACAUGAAUCUAUUAAUUGCCAGAGGCACGUCUUCCGACAAGUAUCCAAAGGUGCACGCAAUGAAUACAUUUUUUUAUCCAAAACUUCUAUCGGGUGGUCACUCGUCUCUGAAGCGAUGGACCAGAAAAGUAGACAUAUUUGCACAGGAUCUUGUAGUUGUGCCGAUACAUCUGGACAUUCACUGGUGUAUGUCAAUAAUAGAUUUCAGGAAUAAAUCGAUUGUUUAUUAUGACAGUAUGGGCGGUAGUAACCCAAAAUGUUUAGCCACACUAAGACAAUAUUUACAGGAUGAGAGUCUAGACAAAAAGAAACAAUCUUAUGAUAUGAGCGACUGGAAAUUACAAUCAGCCAAGAACAUUCCACAACAGAUGAACGGCAGCGAUUGUGGCGUAUUCUCUUGUAUGUUUGCCGAAUAUGCCUGCGGAAAUAAGAAGAUAACGUUUACACAAGAUGAUAUGCCGUACUUUAGAAACAAAAUGGUUUAUGAGAUAUUGAAGGGUAAACUUCUGUAAGAAGAAGCAUCAAUUACUGCUUCGAUAAAUUAAAAAAUGGCCAAUGUUAACGAGAAGCUUCAAACUAAUGGUAAAGCUAUAUUGUAAUAUCUUUCAAUUCAAUUUCUUAAAAAUAUAUUUCUGUUUUAAGACUCAAUGUGAGAGAAGAAAGAGACAUGCGUUUAUCUUGUAUAAUAAUUAUAAUUGCUUUGGAUGAAGUGUAAAAUUAAUAUAGAUAUACAUGUGCUAUAUAUAGAUAUGAAAAUAUUUUUCCGCUGUACAAGUAAGACGGUAUAUAGUUUCAUCGUUUCUAACAAAUUGUGGAUAAAAGGAUUGCAAUAUUUUUGUUUCUUCGACGAGUUUUAGAUUGCAAAAAAGUUAUAAAGAUGUUCUUACAAGUUCUGUAAAAGACGAAAUUUAAAAAAGAAAGCCAAUUCUUUUGUCCACAACUGUAC